GAGCUCAAGUGCCUCAAUGUGACCUUGGGCGUGCGCGACGGGACGUCCUACUUUGGGCAGCGAUGUGGGAGUUUUUACCACGGCCUAAUUUUUUGUGUCCUGUUGAGGAUAGGCCCCUUGCGAUGCACUGUUGCAAUCAUAGUUCUCUCUCUGCCAUAUUCUCUCGAAAUGGAUUCAUCUUUGAGCCAUAAUACAACGUGUUCCCCACCAUCUUACCCCCAACACAUUUACACGGUCAGCAAUCAUUCCUGUAUAUCGUUUCUCUCCCCAUCCUCGGGUACCACGCACCGGUUUCUCACACCCAGUAACUCUCGAGAAAUGCCUCACGUACCGAAAGAGUAUAACUAGCCAUUGCAAUAAUCCCUGGCCCCAUUCACUUGCCCGACAAUGCGUCUCCGAGUCUCCUCUUUACUACUGACCUUGCUCCCGUUUGUCUACGGUGUAACCCACAACCUUGAACUUAACAUCCAGAACCAGAUCCUCGCUCCCGAUGGGUUCCCGCGCUCAGCUAUCGCGCCCAAUGGGACAUUCCCGGGACCCACGAUCAAACUCUACAAAGGGGACGACGUGAAUAUCGUCACCACUAAUAACUUGACUGACCCCGGUAUGAGGCGUAGUCUUUCGAUCCACUGGCACGGGCUUUUCCAAGCUCGCACCUCGGUCAUGGACGGGCCUUCUUUCGUCAAUCAGUGUCCCAUCCCCCCAAACGGAACAUUUGAUUACGCGUUCAGUACUGCAGGACAAACUGGAAAUUACUGGUACCACUCGCAUCUAUCUACCCAAUACUGCGACGGAUUGCGUGGCGCCUUCAUCAUAUAUGAUCCCGAUGAUCCCCUGCAGGAUUUAUAUGAUGUCGAUGACGACAGCACCAUCAUCACACUUGCGGACUGGUACCACGACCUAGCCCCGGACGCGCAGAACCGGUUUUUCCAGACCGGUACUGUUCCAAUUCCCGACGCUGGAUUGAUCAACGGUGUCGGAAGGUUCAAUGGCGGGCCCUUAGUUCCCUACUCUGUCAUUACCGUCGAACAAGGCAAACGCUAUCGCCUGCGCCUUAUCCAGAUUGCAUGCCGGCCCUUCUUCACCUUUUCCAUUGACAACCACAACAUCACCGCAAUGGAGCUUGAUGGAGUCGAACAUGAUCCUGUCACUGUGCAGAAUAUUGAUAUAUAUGCUGCCCAGCGCGUUUCUGUCAUCCUCGACGCGAACCAACCGAUAGAUAAUUAUUGGAUCAGGGCUCCACCGACAGGUGGCGCGCCGGCGGGCAACCCGAACUUCAACCCCGACUUGACACGGGCCAUCCUGCGGUACCAAGGUGCACCGGACGAGGAACCGACAACAAACAACACGCCCGGAAUCAAGUUGGAUGAUGCUGAUAUGCAUCCAAUCGCGUCACAAGACCCCGGAAAGCUGGGAACUGGUCCGCCGGACGUUGCGUUCACUCUGAACAUCGCGCAACCCAACCCGCCCUUCUUUGAUAUCAACGGGAUCAGUUACAUCUCGCCCUCGGUGCCGGUACUGCUGCAAAUCCUAAGUGGAGCGGGGCAGCCGCAGGACUUUUUGCCGUCGGAACAAAUCUUCCUUCUGCCGCCCAACAAGACUAUCGAGAUAUCGAUCCCUGGGGCUGGAGCACACCCGUUCCACUUGCACGGACACAACUUUGACGUCAUUCAGGUAUCUAAUUCGAAUGUGACCAACUUGAUAAACCCGCCGCGACGAGAUGUGGUUCCCAUCAAUGGAGGAAACACGACUUUCCGAUUCAUGACCGACAAUCCGGGGGCUUGGUUCCUGCAUUGCCACAUUGACUGGCACUUGGAAGCGGGACUGGCUAUUGUGUUUGCGGAGAGUCCCGCUGAUAAUAUCGAAGGACCACACUCGCAGACUACUCCGCAGGAUUGGGAGACGCUCUGUCCAGAGUAUGAUGCAUUGGAGCCUGAAUUGCAGUAGUUGAAAGAAAAUGAAUGAUUAUGCAUAUUUAUGCCGUUAACUGAUGCGGUUCGGAGGAUAGCAAUAGGGAUUGUGUCAUGCGACCAAAUUCCCAGCCGCAGACCUGAGUACUCCCACGAUGUUCCGUAGCAUUUAUAUGCAGCGUUGCAGCGUUGGCCGUAGCUGAGUACGGGGCAAGGUAACAUUGGUACAGAGACUGUCGAGAU